AUGUCCGGCUCCAUCACCGUGUUCUCCUUCUGCCUGCAGGGCCAGGGAUUCCCCCUCGGCAAGAGAGACCUCUUCCCCGUCACAGAGGCCGCAGCCUCCUACUGGAAGGAGAGGAAGGACACUAGCAACGUGCCGCAGAACUUCAAGCCCGAGUACGCCAUGGCCGUCUUGGCCUACAGCAGCCAGGGGCCCCUGCACAUGCAGCCCCUUCACCAGGAGUUCAACGCCGCCGUGAGGGAGGCCGGCCGCACCCGGGACUCCUACCUCAGCCACUUCAACUUCAAGACCCUGCACUUCCUCCUGACCAGAGCCCUUCACGUCCUGAAGGCCGCCGAGCCCGCGCGGUGCCACCAGGUGUACCGCGGCGUCCGGGGCAUCCGCUUCAAAGCCGAAAUCCGCAAGCCCGUCCGGUUCGGCCACUUCACCUCCACGUCGCUGAAGAACGACAGCGCCCUGCGGUUCGGGCAGGACACCUUCUUCUCCAUCAAGACCUGCUUCGGGGCCAACAUCAAGAACUUCUCCUUCUUCCCCGACGAGGACGAAGUGCUGAUCCCCCCCUUCGAGAAAUUCAAGGUCACCAACUUCACCCAGGCUCAGGGCAGGACCAUGAUCCAGCUGCAGUCCCUGGAAAGCUCCAGCAACCACAACUGCGAGUAUGUGAAAGAGAAAAGAUGCAAGACCCGAAGAUGCGUUUUCAACUCUGGAAUGAGCAGUUUCUCCUCCGGCCCACAGCACCUGUACCUCCUCGGUGGAGUCCUUCUGAUGGCCAGUGCGUUGGGAGCACCUGGCUUCCUUUGACAUCCUACUUGCUCUUGCUCCCUGGGCUUCUGUUAAAUCUCUGUAGACACUGCUUCAAGGGAAAGGACAGGAAGAAGAACAAAACCCCGGAGCCCAUCGGCUGGUGCUUCAGGCCUCAGACAAGUGGGGAAGGAAUGAAACGUUAAAGGCUCAGAGCUAAAUUAGGUUGAGUGGUUGCCUGCUCAAAAUUGACGGGGGUGAACUCCCCCAGCGCAGCGAUCAGCACGUGGUGUAGAUGUAAGAUGAGGCCCAUCUGCCUUGGCAG